AUGAUUGAAAUACUAAACCAAACAUCAAAUUUAACACUACAAGAUAAUGAUAUUUCACCAAAUAGAAGUACAUUACCGCCUAGAGACCCACAACAUAAUCCUCUAAGGAUAUUAAAAUCUGCUCGCAGUGAUAAUAAUAGGCCGGCAUUCAUUGCAGGCCCUAUGGUUAGAUAUUCCAAAUUGCCGUUCAGAGAGUUAGUUCGAAAUUUCAAUACAGACAUAGUGUAUACUCCGAUGAUAUUAGCUAGAGAAUUUGUUAGAAACGAUAUUGCAAGAUUAUCAGACUUUACCACUAAUGCCGGAGACAGAUCAGUCAUUGUUCAAGUUGGCUGCAAUAAUGUAAAAGAUUUACUAAAAUUUGUAGAUAUGAUUCACCCGUACGUUGAUGGCAUAGGUUUAAAUUGUGGUUGUCCUAUAAAGGAACAGGUAAGAGAAGGUAUUGGCGCUGCAUUAAUGUCUGAACCUGAAUUAGUUUCUCUGAUGGUUAAAGCGGUAAAAGAUAAAUAUAAAGAUUCAGUUGUUAUUGAAACUAAAAUUAGGAUACAUCCUGAUAUAAAUGAGACUAUCAAGUUUGUUAAAUUGGUAGAAAAAAAUGGGGUGGACUUUAUAACUGUUCAUGGUAGAACUAAAAACACCAGAUCAUCACAACCAGCGAAUUUUGAUGCAAUUAAGGCCAUAAAGGAAAGUGUAGCGGUCCCAGUGGUUGCUAAUGGUGAUUGUUUUUCACUAAAGGAUGCAUAUGAAAUAGCAGAGUACACUGGUGUAGAUGGAAUUAUGGCUGUUCGUGGUAUUUUAUCAAAUCCAGGUUUAUUUGGUGGCUAUGAAAAUACACCAUGGUCGGCAGUUGAAAUAUUUUGGGAUUUGGCAACAAGUUACGGGUUACCAUUUAGAAUUACGCAACACCAUCUAUCAGAAAUGUUAGAUAAGGUUAUUCCUAGGAAAUAUUUAAAAGAAAUGAAUGAAACUACAUGUUUAGUUGAUCUAAUUGAUUGGUUUGACAAGGUUUUUGUUUUAAGAAGGAAAACCGACGCAAGCUUUGCAACUGCAAUUGAGCCGGUAUGGAGAAUUAAUAGAGAAGAAAUAGCACAGAUAUAG